AUGCGCGCGUAUAAGACCAAAGCAGAAAAGAGAAAAGAGAAAAGAGAAAGCAGAAGCAGAAAAGAGAAAGCAGAAGCAGAAAAGAGAAAGCAGAAAAGAGAAAAGACUGCCCAGAGCAAGAAGCAGGCGCUUUUUCAUGCGGAGACAUUUUUGCCCCCGAAAAGCGCAUCCGCAGCCUCUGAAGAGAAAAUAAACCGUGCAGAAUUUAAUUUGAGCUGCCAAAAAGUGGGCUUCGCCUUUUCUUGGGAGAAUUCGCCGAAUUUUUGCCUUCUCCCCCGCGGGCUGGCAGACGCCGACCGAUCUCCUGCCGCCCGCACGUCGAGAUAG